UGAGAAGAGAGGAGUAAUUGGGUUCCAUGUGCCGUCAGUGCCACAGCCGCUUUCGAUCGAGCAUAGGAGAACAGAAAAGUAAAGAGCCCACUACAAGAUUCAGAGGGCUGCAUGCAAGGACGUUCAUGACGUUAGGUCUGCACUCCCUGCUAGGUGCAUGAAAUGGACAGCUGCCGGAGUUCCGACGAUCGGUGUUUGGGGCCAGCGGAGGGUAUUGGGGGCGUGGAGAUGAAAGAAGCAGAGAUUCUUGCGAAGCAACAAGAAGCGAUCUCAGAGAAGAUCGAGAGAUUAACAUCGAAGCUCGAGUCGUUUAUGUUACAACCACAGUCUUGUGCUCGUUGUGAGGAGCUCAGCGUGCGGCAGACCGAAAUCUUGCGGAGAAUAGAUGACAUCGAAGCUCGCCUUUUGCAAAAACUCGGUGUCAGAGGCGACACGGGCCAUAGACAGUGCAAUGGAUCCGAGCGAACGGACGACAACAAACAGACCAUUGCUGCAGAGAACGGCACUGAGAUCGCGGAGGAGAACGGUGGUGGCCAGUGCAGAAGCUCUGUGGAGCAGGAGAAGAAGGGGGCAACGGCGGCGGCGGUGGCGGCGACGUCUCAUGGACCAGAGUGUGCAGUUGAUGACAACGAGUUUGUUGCUGCAGAGAAUGGCAUUGCGAUUGGGAAGGAGAAUGGUGGCCAGUGCGGAAUCUCUGUGGAGGGGGAGAAGGAGGCAGCGGCUCAACAAGGAGAAUGUCACGGCAACGAGAGUAAUGUGGAAACGAUGAUCACAAGGAUUCUCGUGAGCGGGGGCGCUCAGGACUUCUUGUUCCGACGUGUACCUCCGCACUACUAUGAUAGCCCGAUAGAAGCUCGGAGGGAGAUGCUAUGUGCUGACUCUAUUGAAUGCCUUUGCAAGAGCAUUGUGAUGGUAAACACGCAGGCGGAAGAGCAUGUGAGGGACUGCAGCAAUGUGCUUAAUUCGAAGUAUUACGUUGUGGUGAUACAAUAUGCGGCAAGGCUGAAAGAGAAGAAGCUGAAGGAUUUUCUUUAUGAUUUAAACAAAGGCAAAGUAUCAAAAAAACGAUUCAAUAUGCGCCUCGCUCAAUCGGACAUAUCGCAAGAACUUACGGGGUUCGGUCACAAUGCUGUUACUCCCUUCGGAAUGAAGACAAACAUACCAGUCAUCUUGUCGCAUGAAAUCACAAAUCUCAAUCCACCGUUCUUCUGGCUUGGCGGUGGGGAGGUAGAUCUGAAGUUGGGGAUUCGAACGGAUGAUUUCAUCCGGCUCGUCGACCCAUUCAUAGUAGAUUGCACCGAUUAACGUCUCUCACUCUCUCUUCUCACCUCCCUUUUUUCCCCACCCUGUUCUCUCGUCCCUGCAAAAGAAUAUUUCCCCCCGCAUUAUUAAAUGACACAAUUCUUAAACUCAACUCUGCCCAAUAUCCUGGCUUUUAUGUUACAGACUUGGGAAGCGGGGAGGUGAGCUUUCACCUGAGGAUGUUGAGUUUGUGUGUGUGUGUGUGUGAGCGAGCGAGCGAGCGAGCGAGAGAGAGAGAGAGAGAGAGAGAGAGAGAGAGAGAGAGAGAGAGAGAGAGAGAGAGUUUGCAACAUUGCAGGUUGGCAGUGUGUGCGUGUGUGUGUGUGUGUGUGUGUGAGCGAGCGAGCCACAGAGAGAGAGANAGAGAGAGAGAGAGAGAGAGAGAGAGAGAGAGAGAGAGAGAGAGAGAGAGAGAGAGAGAGAGAGAGAGAGAGAGAGAGAAUAUGCAACGUUGCAGGUUGGCAGUGCUGUAGCAACGAGGGAUUGAUUUCUAUUUGUGGACAUCUCAACUAUCUCUACUUAGUCUACUAUCGAUAUAAUAAAGUUUAUCAGCUGCGGGCCGUGUCAGACCCCAUCAUGGCUUUUUUUCCCCGUCCGAUAGUGGAAUUGGCGGUUGAAACUCGUCCUGAAAUGACUUAUUUGAUUGACGCUUGGUUGUGUGUUUCGCAGACAAGUGGAUAGUCUGCCUGCUCAAAAGUGAGAGUCAGUGAGCAUAGAGACCUGCAGCAAAUGUCGUCAGGGCAUUUUUGCGCGAUCUUUUCUGACAGUGAGCAGGAUGUGUCAGAGCGUUAGAGGGGCAAAAGAGCAAAUUGCCAAAUUGAAAAUUGCCAAAUCAAGAAAGCUCUGACGC